GUCAACCGGAAACGGAACCUUUUCUUGGGGUGGUGGAGUGCGGCGACAACUUCCGUUCGAGAUGGCGGCCCCCGUGGUGUGCAGGAGCGCGGCGGGGCUGCUCAGGGCCGGCCUCCCCGCCGCGCGCCGAGCCCUGUGUCGCCGCGUCCUGAGUUUGCCGAGUGUGCGGGGCCCCCUGCUCGCUCUCCCCGCCGCCCAACCCAGCCCUGUCGGUGUCCACCUGAGGGGGUUGUCCACCCUCCUGAGCGGUCUCCGCAUAGGCACUGCCGUCUCUCCAAGCACGCAGGCGAGCAUUGGAGCUCUCCGCGUGCUCGGGCAUAAUAAGGUAACGGGAACGCUUGGGCAACCUCCUCGUCGGAGCCUCAUCUACUUCAGCAAGGGAAGGGGGAAGCGCAAGACGGUGAAGGCUGUGGUGAAGCGCUUCCUGCGGCUGGACUGCGGCCUAUGGCUGCGUCGUCAGGCCGGGUGCAAGAAACGCCUGUGGAAGAAGCGCAAGCCGCGCAUUCGACGACUGCGUCAGCAUGUGCUGUGCAACAAGUGGCAGUCUAAGUUGCUCGACAAGAUGGUGACCGACUACUGGAAGCGCCGCAAGUGGUACGAGGACGACCCGUACCAGCUCUACCAUGAACGCACCAACUUCAGGGCCUGAAUGAAGCUGACAGUCUGGGUUCAGUUGAUUUGCACCUCGCUGAUGGUACAGUAUAGCGUGCCAUGCCCCCAAAGAAAAUUGGACCGAUUCAGCAAUGAAAGGUGCCACAGUGUAACAUUGCUGAGAACUCACUAUGGAUGUUUUUUCCACCCGUGAUGCCCCAAACACAGGUUUCAUCUGUAAAUUGGAUGUGUACAUGCUUAAAUGUGAUGGCUUAGUGGCUAAGUUACGAGAGUGCAUCGUGUUGCCACAGGAUGUUAACUUUACAUUUUGCAGACCUCCACUACUGGUGUUGCAGGAUGGAAUGUUUAUGCAGCAACAGAGUUGAUUACUACUCCCAGUGCUCAUUUGAUGCCAUCUUUUGACAUUUGAUACACAUGUACACAGUAUAAACAUGUGCACUGUAUAUAUAACAUGAAUAUUCAAUGCUAUAUAGGUUCCAGCCCAUUACAAUCUUCUUUGCUGUGGUGCUUAUUAAGCACUAGUGGAGGUUGUUAAGGUAAUGCCUGAUAAUGAUGGGUGCAUAUCAACAAAUCCAAACACAGCGCUUGUUAAUGUGGAUCAACUUUGAACAGGUUCCUCUCAAAAGCAGUUGCAUUUCUGUAAGCAUUCAUGAAUGGUCAUAAAUAUCUUGACAAAAAAGCC